ACUCUUCAAUCUUCUCCUCGUCCACAACCAAUGCUCUGCUCCAAGUCAUCCAAAUGGCUAAACCGCCUUCGUUCAUCCAGAGGAUUUCCAGACUCCGAUAACAUCAACCUCGAGCACUUCCUCUCCAAUUCCCUCGACAAAAUUGAUCCCCAAACGUCGACGGAUCCUUCGCUUCCCGAUAAAAGACCCAAACUUGACAAACGGGAUGAUAGUGGAGCUAUCCAAGGUCGUGAAGUGAUGAAUAAUGUACUAUCGGAGCUGUUUCAGAUGGGAGAAUUUCAGGAUUUAUCGAGAAUUAAAAGGAAAAAGAGCUGUAGGAAGCAACAGUGCCCUAGAAUCUGUAUUGUUUCUACAAAUUCGAAUGUUCAGAACGUGCCUGUUGGAAAGGACAGGGUUUCCUCGCCACCGCCGUCGCUGUCGCCAUUUCCGUUGACUUUGAGCAAUCGACGUACAGCAAAGGAUGUCAAUCGAGAGUUGAAGGUGACUGGACAUGUUGAGGAGGAGGAGAAAGGCCAUUGGGAUCUAACCGCGUAUUCGCAAACAGAGGUUACUGUUAUCGAUACGAGUGUUCCAUCUUGGAAAUUCGAGAAGAUGUUGUACAGGAGAAAGAAUGUAUGGAAGGUUGGGGAUAAGAAAGGUAAGGGAUUAAUGACCAGUGACAGAAAGAAGAGAAAGGAGCGUCUGAUUGAGAAUGGUGAUGUAGAGAAGAAGAAAUUGAAGCUGUGUAGUUCAUUAUCCAAGUCGGGAAAUGCAGAACAAGGCGGAGAGAAUAAGAAGAAAAAGAAGUUGAAGAUGUGCAAUUCAUCGAAGUAUGAAGAUAAAGAAGAAUCCAUGGCUCGAUCAAAGUCCCCUCAGGAGAAGAUUGAAGAGUUGAAGAAUCGUAGAAUUGAUAAUUUGAAGAAUUGGGAUUUGAAUUUAGGGUUUGAGAGUCGAUGUUGGGAAGAAGUAGCUAAGCUGGAUUCAUCGGUGAGAAGACGAAAGAAAGAGAAAAGAGAGCUUAGCGGCAAUGCUUGUUGUCCGUUUGUCAUCUCACUCAUUGUACGAUGCCAAUUAAAUUAUAUGGUUAAUGAAAAUUUUGAAUGGUGUUCACAAUUGGAUAAUGGAUAUUCCCAUGUUUUCUAUACAAUGGAUGAGCAUCAGUACUCGCUUUUGGAAUCGAAACUGUCGGUUCCGAAACUGUAA